AUGCAAGCAUCGGGACAGACAAGUGCCACAGAGGGCACUGAGACGGAGGUUCCCCCUGGAACGGAGGACGAGAAACCUGGCGAGGAGAUUAAACCCAAGAAGGAACCCCAGGUGCAAGUUGUGCCGCUGCCGCCGCCGUCGCUGGAGCCCAAGGUGCAAGUUGUGCCGCUGCCACCGCCCUCUCUGGAGCCGCCAAAGGUGCCCCUGCGAGUGCCCAAGGCCGUACGCGAGCGCCAGGAAGCUGCCGCGGCAGCUGCCGCCGCCAAGGAAGCCGCCGCCUCCGCCCAGAACGGCGCCCCGGCAUCAGUGGCCGCUGCGCCCGGAGACAAAGAAACGAUACCGGACGAUGACUCACCGCGGCACCCGAGUUCCAGUAAGGCGGCGGCUGCGCUGGUGCCACGCAGCAGUGCAGGAGAGGAAGGUGUCAAGAGUGGCAAUGAUAUGGAGCAGGGGUAUAAGAAGCCGGAGGGGCGCUUAUCGGGACGAGGCCGCUCGCCAUCUCUGUCUCCCGCGCGUUCCCUGGACAGGAGCCCGCCCGCUCGCAAGGAGCGCAAGUCAAGGAGGGCCGAUCUGAGCAAUUUGACGCCGCCACCUCGGCGCUCCCACCGCAAUCGCGCGGGCCGGGCCGGCCGCAGCGGCCGCCGCUCUCCGAGUCCAAGACGGUCCAGGCGCGAUCACUCGCCGAAAGCCACCCGCAGGUCUCUGACGCCGCUGCCGCGCCGGUCGCCGUCGGUGCAGGAGCCGCGCUCGCCGUCGCCGGCCGAGUCGGUGGAAUCCGGGGAGAUCCCGGGGGGACCUGAUGCCACCGCGGGGGGGCUCGAGACUGCCGCUAGCGCCAGAUUGCCCAACCGCAGCCCCGACAAUGGGCCUGCUGGCAGGCAAGAGAUUGAAUCCGAAGAAUUUUUUGACAGGGACAGCAGGGCCUCGAUAGGAGCACACAAGCCGCCUCAACCCGCGCGCAGCAGCGGCGGCGGCCGCGGCCCCCCCUCUCUCCGCGGCCGCGGCGGCGGCCGCUCUGGAGGGAGGGGCGCGCCCCCCGACCGGUGGGACGGCGGUGGCGUCGCAGACCGCUGGGAGCACAACGGCUUUGAGGGGGGUCCCCCCAGCGGCAGGGAGGGGUCCGGCCACCCCGGACCCCCUGACGAUCGGUGGGACCCCUCCGGCAGUUGGGGAUUCAGCGGCGGCGGCCGGGGUCAGAAGGGGCGUGAAAGGGAGGAGCACGAGAUUUACCCCGCGCACUCUUCGCAAGGCGCUCUCAGAUCACAGCCAAUGAUGGUGCCGGUGCCCCCGGUGGUGGCCGCGGGGCCCUAUGGAAUUUACGGGGGACUGGCGGCUGGCCAGCUCGGGUUUGCGCCGCUGCCGAUGGCUGGCCGCGCCGUAUCAUUUUCUGCGCCGAUGCGCGGCCGCGGCCCCCGGCCGCCGCCCGGCGCGCCGCCGAGUGGCCGAGGCAGGGGACGAUGGUGA